GUUUCCUGACUCGGUGAACCUGUCAACCACCGCCGUCCAGACGAGGACCAAAGACCAUAGGAGGUUGCAGUCAUGUCGGCAGCUGCUCCGGGGACCAGCAAGGCGGCCCACAGCGAUGUGGCCCAGAAGAAAAAGAAGGGACCCGGUGCCCUGGCCACGGCCUAUCUGGUCAUUUAUAACGUUGUUAUGACAGCGGGGUGGCUGGUGAUAGCUGUGGGUCUGGUCAGAGCUUAUCUGGCCAGAGGAAGCUACCAUGGGUUGUACUACUCCAUAGAGAAGCCCCUAAAGUUCUUUCAGACUGGAGCUGUGCUGGAGAUACUGCACUGUGCUGUAGGAAUUGUUCCAUCCUCAGUGGUCUUGACUGGUUUCCAGGUCAUGUCCAGAGUAUUUCUCACCUGGGCCGUCACACACAGCGUCAGGGAGGUACAGAGUGAGGACAGCGUGCUGCUGUUUGUCACAGCCUGGACCGUCACAGAGAUCAUCCGCUACUCCUUUUACACCUUUAGCCUGCUCAACCACCUGCCAUACCUCAUCAAAUGGGCAAGGUACACCUUUUUCAUCGUGCUGUAUCCCAUGGGAGUGACUGGAGAGCUCCUGACUAUCUAUGCAGCACUGCCGUACGUGCAGAAGACUGGCCUGUACUCUGUCACUCUGCCCAACAAGUACAACUUCUCCUUCGACUACUACACCUUCCUCAUCCUCACAAUGAUCUCCUACAUUCCCUUGUUCCCUCAGCUUUACUUCCACAUGAUACGGCAGAGGAAGAAGGUGCUGGGCCAUGUAGAGGACUACAGCAAAGUGGAGUGAGCAAAAAAAACAACAACAUUCAGACAGAUCUGAUUGAGGGAAAAGAAAACCAAAACAGCCAACAGAAGAGGAACAAAACCAUGUCGUCUGCUUAAACCCCAGCCAGUUUUCAAACUGCCAGAACUGAAACUGGCAGAAGAUCCAAUUAUCAAGCAACUUGUUAUUUAUUUUCUCAGCUGUUGUCCAGGUUUGAGAAUGACCUGGUGUUAUUUUUGUUGUUUUUAUUUAUGAACAAACUGCAGGUUUCUUAGUGUAUUCAGAGAGCUUAAGCCUGUAAAAAGAAACUUGAGCUGCUGACUGGGUGGGGAGCAGAACUGAACGAUGCACUGAUAGAAUCGAUAACCUCCGUUUUAUAUGUCCUGAUAGAGAAUCCCUGAUAGAUUUUUCACCUCACACGGCUCCUCUUCUGGUCUUUUUUAAACAGCAGCUUUGGUUUAAUAAAACAUAGGAAAGAAAAUGUGAAGACUAGGACUGGACUAGGUUGUCUGUAGGUUUCACACCUACGGUGUGUUUGUUUUGUGCAAACUGUUGUCCUGAUUUGUAGUUUCUUUUUUGUUGUCAUCCAUUGCAGUCCAGAGUUUGAUUACAUUCCUCCUUUAGUUCAAUAAAUCUUUUUUUCAUG